AGGGAAUCAGGCUCAAGCAGAGGUUGCCUCGGCAUCGCCGUCAGAGUACGGGUCAGCAGUGCAAUGCCUCCGCAGAGUGUUGCGCCGACGUCGAAAACAGAGGAGUGGUGCGAGAUUAGAGCCUGUCCGCAGAGUCCACCUCCGACAUUGCCUACCCAUGCAAAUGGAAGUUGGCGGCGAGCUCAAGCAUGACCCUUCGACAUGAUGCGGGAAGCCGAGCUCUUUGGUAAGCGUCGUUUUCCACAUCCGGCGAACGACCCAGAGGUCUAGAAACGCUCAUUGGUUGUUUCGCUUGGUAUUUCUCGAAACUUCAUUGUUGGUGGAAUAUCCCGAGUAGGAUUUCAUGUUGCGAUGUGUUGCAGGGGCGCGCCAGGAUGAGGGCGAACACGUCACCUAAGAUGAACGGGUGCCCCCCAGAGAUAUACGCGGCGCUCACGUCCGUAUGCAUUCACGUGUGGCGUCUCUUCUUGGACAGGCGAAAACGCACUGAUCCAGAAGAUCGUUCAGAGUGGCAGCGCACUUACUACGCCAGUAUUCCUGAAGAGCCACCGGCUGUCCGAUACGAUUAAAUUCAGAUGGAUAUCUAGUCUCGCUUGUUUUUGGAAGUGGUACGUGAGCAGCCUUAUCCAUUGCGUCCGGCCGAUGCUGCCAGUCUCCCGUCACGUCUGCAACUGCAGGUUUACUCUGGGCCUCGACUGUUUCGACAUCGCUCGCGUCUUGCGCCAAGUUUGAUUUUUGGCCCGCAGUUGGAAUAUGUCAGCGAUCGUAGCCGCAUUGGACUAAUGGCAGCCUCCGCGGACCAGCAGUUGGCGAUCUGCCAGGAGCUGGCGAACUUUGUGCUUGCAAGUUAACUGUCAUGGAAGGAGAGCUCGCUCCAGUACAUGCGGGGUUGGCCUGGCGCAGAUGAAACUGGAGAUAUCGACUCGAGGGUGGCGCCACUACGACAACCAAGCUCGUGGACAGCAUGGAGGUGCUGGGAGUUGUGCUGGGCCGCCGGGGCUCGAGCACGUGCAGCCUCGAGCAUCGACGGCAGAAGGGGGAAGCACGCGUUUGUAGUCUCUUUCGGCGGAUUUUGUAGGCUUGGGAACGGCAGGAAAUAAGUGCCCUGUUUGGUGUUCGGGACCGUCAGCUUCGAUGGUGUAUGGGUCGAACUCGUGGCAUGCAUCAUCUUCGUUUUUUCUUUCGGCCAGGCGCUGGGAGUGCAAAUUGUGUACGCCAGUCACUACGCCUUCGCAGCUGGGCAAACGAGGGCUGCAUGGAUCACAGCCAACACAAGGCGAGAAUCCUGGACUAUUGGGCCAGUCGCGUCAAACGCCGUUUACUUCGUCAUCGGAUUCUCCAUGAGAUUUUCCGGCAAACUUUGAGGGAGGAGUGCCAAUCCUACCCAGCAGGGCAUCAUCAUGCUAGAUCACCACAUAUUUUCUGGAAUCGGGCAUGGUGGGCAGGCACGCAGCAGGUCCCAUGGCGAUCCCGACGAGAUUCGGGUCUUACGCGCCCGACUCUCAGGCACGAAGCCGAAUGGGAAGAUGUGCUGGUGGUGGUUUACGGUGCGCUCUGCAGGGCAUCCCGCGACCAGUUCGGCAAUGCGUGGGCAUGGAUGGCGAACUUCUAGUUUUUCGCAAACCAACUGCGCACCCGCUGGCAGUUGCCGCUCCUACCGUGCACGUGCAGGCCGUGCGUGGACGCUGCGGUGACACCCGCCGACGACCGCCAGAAGCUUCGUGGACAGGUUCUUGCCGACGCGCCAUGGUCCCACGCCCAAAAUGAAAUGGACGUCGCGUUGCCAUGGGGGGCGACGCCGAGAUUGGCAUUGGUGGUAGUGGACUGCCAGCCACUGCCGCGCAUCAUUUGCGGUCAUGCCCCUUGCGUGGACCCGUUGGCUUCGCAAUUGGUGCGCCGCACUUGCGAUAACAUCGUCAAGUGGAUUAAUUCCGGAUGUUAUCCACAGGACCUCGGGGCCGACCCUGUGGCAUGUCGCCGACGGGAGUACAACGUCAUAGCGGACCACCUGGCAGACUACACCAUGGAUGCGCAGAGAACGUGGUCUGUGCAUUCUGAUUGGCUGUACCCCAGAAAGUCCCUACGGGAGUGCAGCUUGAUCGUCUUCUCCGACGGCGGCGCGCGUGGCAGAGCAUGCGCUGCAUCGGCGUGGGCCGUGGCGCGCCCUUUGGCCAUCGGGUGCACCUUCGACAGCACAUGGAUUGAUGCGUUCUGGCCUGAGGCGGCCGCGCUGGCUGCAUGCUCGACGUUUGUUUGAGAGCUGGUGGGGGGCGUGGUGCAUAAUAGAUUGAAGUUGCCAGCUGGUCUGGAUAGACGUCGCGCCGCCAUCCAAG